AUGGGAAUUCGAUCGAUCGGUAGGGGGAGCAGCAACAAUUACAGCGAAGAGCUGGCGAUUUUUCUGAGGGAGAAAGCAGCUCAGCUAGACGCGAGUGAUCAAGAGCUCAACCUUCUACGCAGUGGUUCUGCUCCGCCCACUAUGGAGGGAUCCUUAAGCACUGGCCUAUUCGGUAUCGGUGGUGUUUUGGAGGAGGAGCUGAGGUCUGAUCCAUCCUACAUUUCGUACUACUACCAGAAUGCAAAAUGGAACCCGCGCCACCCACACCCGUUGUUAUCCAAAGAAGACUGGCAAUUUGCUCAGAGGCUGCAGGGCGCAGUUGGGGGCGGAGGGGGCUCCGAGGUUGGGGAUAGGAGGAGAGUGAGUAGCAAUGACUUUGGUGGAGGGGAUUCACUCUUCUCCAUGCAGCCAGAUCUUGGAGUAGGAAAAGGUGAAAAUAAAUUGGAGGUGGCACAACAGAAGGAAUGUAGUGGUGAUGGAUUGUUUGUUUUCCCGGGAAUGAGAUUAAUGAGUAAGCAGAAGAGAAUUGGAGGAAUGAUUCAGGAUGAUACGAGUAAUACACCAUUGGUUUGUAGACCUCCAUCUUGCCCUGCCAGCCAUGCAUUUGAAAAUGACAAAUCUUCUGAUUCACAUGCCGCCAAUCAUCAUGAGAUAGAAUCAUUGGAUGCAUUUUGUACUGGCAUAAAGGCUAAAGGAGCGUCAUCACUGCAAAGCAUUAAUCCAUUAGCUCCUCAUACGUAUGCCUCUUCUUUAGCUGCUUCUUUGUCAAGAACUGCUACUUCUGACCCUCAACUUAUUGCUAGAGCUCCUAGUCCUCGCAUCCCUCCUGUUGGAGGUGGAAUGAUGAGCUCACUGGAUAGGACAAAUGUGAAUAUUCCUAAGUCAUUUGAUGGUGUUUCGCCUAAUAUUAGCCACUCUGCCAAUUUAGUUACUGCUUUGUCUGGAAUGAGUCUGUCAGCGAGUAGCAUGGUGGAUGAAGGGCAGCAUCCAACCUCUCAGAUUCAUCAUGAGAUUGAUGCUCAUCAGACUCUGUUCCAUUCGCGAAGUGAUCUAUCUGCAAUCAAGAACAGUUCAUACUUGAACAAGUCUGGUAUGAUGCAAUAUUAUGAUCUAGCUAUGUCCUCAGAAAAUUUAUUAUCGAAGGGGUCAUCUAUGGCUACUCUGAAUAGUGGAGGAAGUCCAUUAUCUCAGUAUCCUAAUAAUAGUCUGAAUUCAUCUCUAUCAAACAACAGCUUUGGUGGUUUUGCUACAAAUCCCUCAUCACCAUCUAUGUCGGGAAAUCCGCUUGGUGAUGGUAAUUUUCCAUAUUUGGUUGAGAACAUUUCUACUGGCACUGUGAUUGGAUCUGUAAUCAACUCUAGAGCAAUGGAAGGAGGCUUGAUUUUAGGACCUAAUUUAUAUGCUGCUGCAUUGGAACUGCAGAGUCUGGGUAGACUUGGAAAUCAUAGUGCAGAACAUGCUUUACAUAUGGCACUAAUGGACCCGUCAUAUCUUCAGUACUUGAGAUCACAUAUGGAGUUGCUUGGGUUGCAGAAACCUUACCUUGAAGCUUUAAUUCAGAAGUCGCAAUAUGGCCUUGCUUUCGGCAAAACCGGUAAUCUGAAUCAUGGUUUCUAUGGAGACCCUGAAUUUGCUCAUGGUAUGUCAUAUCCUGGAAGCCCAAUGGGGGACCCAGUUAUCUCUAAUCUCUCUUUCAGAUCUAGUAGUCCUGUCAGGCAUGGAGAACAGAUCAUGCAUUUUCCUGCAGGGUUGAGGAAUAUACCUGGCUGUUUUAUCGGUGGUAAUUUGGAGGAAAGUUUUGCGUCUUCUUUGUUGUAUGAGUUCAAGAGCAAUAAAACUAAGUGUUUCGAUCUUGCAGAGAUUGCCGGUCAUGUUGUUGAGUUCAGUGUGGAUCAGUAUGGAAGUCGGUUUAUCCAACAAAAACUUGAAAUUGCCAGUGUACAAGAGAAGAAUAUGGUCUUCCAUGAAAUUAUGCCCCAUGGACUUUCCCUGAUGACAGAUGUAUUUGGUAACUACGUAAUCCAGAAGUUUUUUGAACAUGGAAGUGCAUCACAGAUUAGACAAUUAGCUGAGCUGCUAACUGGGCAUGUCCUAAACCUUAGCCUCCAAAUGUAUGGUUGCCGAGUAAUCCAAAAGGCAAUAGAAGUUAUUGAGUUGGACCAGCAGAGUAGAAUUGUUGCAGAGCUUGAUGGUCAUGUUAUGCGCUGUGUGCGCGAUCAGAAUGGGAAUCACGUCGUACAAAAAUGUAUUGAAUGUGUUCCUGAAAGUGUCAUUGAGUUUAUUGUUACAACAUUUUACUAUCAAAUUGUGACAAUGUCCACUCAUCCAUAUGGCUGUCGUGUGGUACAGAGAGUCCUGGAGCACUGCCAUAAACCCCAAACCCAGAGCAUGGUGAUGGACGAGAUUUUGCAAUCUGUUUUCAUGUUGGCACAAAAUCAAUAUGGAAACUACGUUAUUCAGCAUGUAUUGGAGCACGGGAAACCACAGGAGCGAUCAGCUAUAAUUAAUCAAUUAAUUGGGAAGAUUGUUGCAAUGAGCCAACAGAAGUUUGCGUCCAAUGUCAUAGAGAAAUGCUUAUCAUUUGGAACUCCAGGAGAACGUCAGACUUUGGUAAAUGAGAUUCUUGUCUCCACUGACGAAAAUGAACCGCUUCAGGUCAUGAUGAAAGAUCAGUUUGCGAACUACGUUGUACAAAAGAUGCUGGAGACUUGUGAUGAUCAGCAACUUGAGCUGAUUCUUAACCGAAUAAAGGUUCAUUUAAGUGCUCUUAAGAAGUAUACAUAUGGGAAGCAUAUUGUUGCCCGUGUUGAGAAACUUGUUGCUACUGGAGAAAAGAGGAUCAGCAUCCUGUCUUCAUCUUCUGCUUGA